GCAGCUGAGGAGACGACAUUCAUGGACCUCCUUUUGAUUAGGAUAUGUCACUGUUGUCAGGGCAACUGUUAACAGUGGCGUAUCAUAUUUUCUCCUCUUGGGUUGCGUGCUGAAUAUUUCAGAGUGCAGUAGCUGGGAAGAAGAUACGAGGAAGAAAAAGGUGCUGCAUCAGGAAGGAAAGAAGACGAGGGAUCUGACUGAACAGGUUAAGGCAGCGAGGAGGAGGAGGCGGCAUCCAAACCAAUGUGCCUUUAAUUAAGGUUUUUUUUGUCAAGGUGGAGAAAACUGCAGGCCCUCACUGCCAAGUAGAUGUUGGUAUUUGUCAGCUGUUUGCACACUGCUUACCCAUAGGGGAUCUGUUACAAAUGAACAGGCUGCUUUGCAGCUAGCUGGCUGCAAAGCACAGGCUGGGAUUUAUAUAUUGUACUAAGGAAGAAAAUAGCAAUAUGCCUGGUUCGGCAACUGCUAUCCGACAAGAGAGACUAAAGAAGGCAAGUGUCAGGCCAAAUACACCUGUUCUCUUCACCAUUAAUGAGGAGGAUGAACAGCAAAAGAACAGCAAUUCCAAGAGACUGAAAGUAUCUGAAAGCUCCAAGGUACAAGACAAAAAAGCUGCUUCAACCAACCGCCCCACCUCUGCUUCGUUAGGGCAAAAUACUAGCAACACUGGAGCCAAGUCAGAUCCUGCCCCAAUACUGAAAGUUGAUGAAAGACAACGACUUGCCAGAGAACGGAGAGAGGAACGGGAAAAGGUGUUAGCUGCUAGAGAAGUUGCCUGGUUAGAAAAAGAAGAGAGAGCAAAGCAGUAUUAUGAAAAACAUCUAGAGGAGCGCAAAAAGAAAUUAGAAGAGCAGAGGCUAAAAGAAGAGAGAAGGCGAGCUGCGGUUGAGGAAAAACGAAAGCAGAGAAUAGAAGAAGACAAGGAGCGACAUGAAGCUGUUGUGCGCCGUACAAUUGAGAGGAGCCAGAAACCAAAACAAAAGCAAAAUAGAUGGUCCUGGGGAGGUGCACUUCAUAACAGCAACAGCAUUAAUAAUACAGAUCCAGACAGGCGAUCUGUUUCCACAAUGAACCUUUCGAAACAUGUUGAUCCAGUCAUUAACAAGCGACUCUCCUCCUCAUCUGCAACAUUACUAAAUUCUCCAGACAGAGCUCGACGGCUGCAGCUAAGUCCAUGGGAGAGCAACAUGGUUAGCAGACUACUGACGCCAACACAUUCCUUCUUGGCCAGGAGUAAAAGUGCAGCAACAUUGUCGGGAGAUGCAGUUAUCCCCAUUUGUCCUCGUUCAGCAUCUUGCAGCCCCAUCAGCCCUCUCUCCUUCAAGGCCAUAAGUUGUCGGAAUCCAGCAGACAGAGCAAAAUUCUUUGGCACGACAACUGAUGUUAGACAUAGGAGGACCACACAUUCAGCAGGGACUAACAGGAAAGGAAAGGAAAGGGGCCUUUCAUUGUCUAAUUCCUCAUCUGGCAAAAAAAGAGUUCGUUCACCUUCCACCUCCAGAAGUAAAUCAUCUGCUUGGCAUGCUUCCAGGUCUUUGCCUUUUUUGCCUGGUACACCCAAAAAAAUAACUUCAGUUCUUGGAUCAUCCAGAAUCUCUUCUACUCAACCUCGUCCUCCUUCCCCUGGCAACAUUCGACCUGUCAAAAAUGAGCACAAGGAUACUGAGAAAAGAGAAAUACGACAGGAGCCUGAGAAAGCAACUGAAGGAAAGACAGACAAUGGGAAAACAGCCUCAAAUUCCAGCACAGUGGCAAAUGAAGGAGGACUUUCUAGUAAACCAGAGACCACACAUAUUGCUCCCCCAAUUCUGCCCCCUGCUCCUUCAACUGCCUCGCCAUCCUCUGUGUCUAGCAAGCCUUCUGCAGGCACAACAGACCCAGAAGAAGCAACCAGGAUGCUCAGUGAAAAAAGACGAUUGGCUCGGGAACAACGAGAACGGGAGGAGCAAGAAAGACGGGAGAGGGGAGAGAUGGAAAGACAAAAGAAAGAGGAAUUGGCACAGAGGAUAGCUGAGGAGAGAGCUCGCCGAGAGGAAGAGGCUCAUAAGCAAGUGGCAGAAAGGAAGCAAAGAGAGAUGGAGCAAGAACAGGAGAAAGAAGAACAGUUGCGCCGUCAGACUGAAGAAAAAGAACAGAAAGAAAGAGAAGAAAUGGAACGCCUUCAGAAACAGAAAGAAGAAGAAGCUCGGCUACGAGAAGAGCAGAUCCGGUUAGAGCGUGAAAAGCAUUUCCAAAGGGAAGAACAGGAGCGCUUAGAAAGAAAGAAGCGCCUGGAGGAGAUUAUGAAAAGAACUAGGCGAACAGAAGCUGCAGAUAAGAAAUCAAAUGAACAGCAAAAUGGGGAGAUAGCAAAGGAAACAGUAACCAGCCCUACAUCUCCAUUAAGCCCUGUGAUGAGCUCUCAGGUUCAGUGUGUGCCAGAGCCUCCACGCAACGGGGAAAUGGUAACCCAUGCACAUGUGCUCAUUUCACAUCAACCUACAGUAACCCUAGACAGUAAUUUUAACCCAGGAAAACAUUCAAAUGAAAAUGGAGUGUCUAUGCAGAAUGAAAACUUUGAAGAACUCAUCAGUUUACCCAUGGGAACGAAACAAUCCAGGCUGGAUGCCAUGAACAAUGAUGAGGAUGGCUCUGGAAUUCCUUUGACUCCGAUUUUGGCCUUUGAAGAUAAGGGGACGCUAGGGCCGUUGCCUCAGGUAGAUAAUGUUCAAACACAUCAAACAGCAGAAGUGAUCUGAUCUCUGCUGCUAAAUCACCAAAGGAGAAGUAGAUGUCUCUGCAGCCAAUGGAGUUCCUUCCAUAUUUAUGAAGGAGUGUUGUAUGUUUUGCACUCUCGAGUUUUCUAAAGAUUUCCUGGACACCCCCUUUUUUAAAAAAAAAAAAAAGACCAUAGUAGAACCAUCAGAAGAAUUUAUUGGGAAUAGACUUGGAUUAUCUUUCUAUCAAAUAGAUUUCAUCACUAGGAAAAUCACUUUUCAUGUGCAUAAAUGGCUUUUAUCCAGCAAGUUCCUUUGGCAUCAUCAUGGAUAUAUUCUGCAUUCUUGAAGGCAAAAGGUUAACUGGAUUCUAACAAUAAUGGGCUGAUUAGGGUAACGGACUGUUUGUUGCUGCAUUUUGUUUUGUUUUUAAGGCGGGUGUGUGGUUCUUAAAAGGUAUAAUGUAAAAUCAGCAAAGAAUCUUUUACAUUUUACUGAUUGAAUACUUGAAAAGUAAAUGCCUCAUUGCUCUACAAGUAGGGCUACUGGGGCGUUUUUAUUUAAACCUGUUGGUUUAAAUAUUAUUGCAGAGAACUCUUAAUUAUGGGGGCAUAAUAUAGGCUUCUGUAUCAGGUUCUUGUAAAUGUAACUCCUACAUGGACAUUCCGUAUAUUUAGGCAUCACUACUGUCUUCUUGGAUUUUCUCUGAAAAAUAAAACACAGCAGGUUUUAAAAUGUGAAAAAUUGAAAGCAUUAUUUUUUCAUGGGUGAAAUAAAAACCUGUUGUUAUCCUAGAUAAUGUAUUUAUUAAUUUUGUUCAGUACAAAAUAAAUCAUAGAAAAACGUGGCAAAAACUACAUUUCAAACUUGAUUUUUUUGUUGUUUUUCACUUUGUGAAAGAAUACAGGGUUGAAAAGCAAGAGUUUCUGGCUUGACAUGAUUCAGCCUUGUGAGCCUCCUCCAGAAUUAGAUUAAGGAACAGAGCUCUUUCAGGUGAUGGCGUGAUGAUCAAUGCAUUACAUGAGGUUGCACAGUACAUACCAGUUAUUAGCGUGGAGACCAAACUGGGUGGUAAAGAAGUAUUGUAAAACACAGUUGAAAAGCAUUUGGGGGUCUCAAGUCCUUUUGGUGGAAACAGCAGAUAGGAGAGCAGGUCUAGGGCAGCCUGACUGGUCUGCCGCAAUUUGGCUAGGAUUGGCUGUUGCAGCAUAAAUGCUGCAGACCAAUCAGGUUAAGGCUGCUUGUUUAACAGGCAUUGGCCUUUUCCAGUGACUCGUCAGGGUCUAUGUGCUCCCUCUGAUAAAGUUUUCUCUAAUAUCUUGCAUCUGCCAGAUCUGUCGCCAUUUUGACUUGUAAAACGUAGGUCCUUUUAAUUUAAGUUUUUGGCUUUUCACUCAGACUAUCUGUAGUUAGGGCUCACUACUGAUAUGUUAAGCAUUACAGUGCUACCCAAACUGGAUAACAGUGCCAGUCAGUUGAUUUCAACUGGUGUUGGAUCGGGUUGUCUUGUUACCAACAUAUGUAGCAAGAAAUGCUGUGAUAAAGUGUUUUGAAAAACACUGGGGUUGAUAUUUACAGGGCAUGUGUUGUCUCAAAGAAAAUGACAGUGUACUGGAAAUUCAGUGAAAAGAUUAUGCUUUGUUGGCUUGAAUAAACUGUGAAGCCAGUCAGAAUGUUUUCAUAAUAGUUUGUGACACAGCAACAACAAAUUAUUUUCUUCGGCUAUCUCUAUUCUCUUUCCAUAGCUAUUUUAUUUUAAAUGCUCCAAACAUAUAGUUUAGCAAAUCUAAAUGGUAUAUAAAUAUUAAAUGUUUAUACAGUAUAGAAAUCUGUGUAUAUAUAAAUAUAUAUUUUUGUGUGUGUGUGUGUGUGUGUGUGUACAUACACACAUACACACGUGUGCUUUGGUUGUAUUGCUGUACUAGCUGCUAUAAUGAUUUUUAACAAUUUGAUUCUCUCUUAUUUAUUUAUUUUAUAUACCACCCUUCCAAAAAUGGCUCAGGGCAGUUUAUAACAAAAUAAAAACAAUUAAUUAAAAUCUAAACUAAA